UAUAUUCAAGUGUAUGUGAGCGAACAAUGUUGUUGAAUGGUGUGGCAUUUGAGACCCAUGAUUAUCGCGUUUAUAUGGAUACAUCGGUCCAAAAAUAAAUACAUGUUUGUACUUAGCUGAUCUUUGUAAAGACACCGCAAAAUGAUAUAAAGGAAUCUAGCAACAAAGAGAUACGAAUCCUAGGCAUCCUGAAACAAGACUAAGUAUUUCUUCUGAUGGAGCACAGAGCUAAGACCGUCUUGGGUUCCAGUGUUUCUAGCAAAAGGAAGACUUCAAAACCAAAACAAAAGGGCAAAAAACAAGGAGCAUCGAAGGAUGCUGAGACAAAAUGUAAAUCAAGUCAGAAAAAACCAACCAAGAGUGAAGAUCCACAGCCACAGAAAGUACAGAAGAUAAAGAUAACUUUAGGAAGAAAGAACCUGGUCAGUGGUACCAAGGGCAAGGCCCCAGCCUUCCGGAAGCCUUCAUCCCGGCUGGAGACGAAAGAGGAAAAGCCCAGUCUGGAAACAGAGAAAGGAACGGUGCCAAAGAAAAAACAAAAAAACGACAAGGCAGAAAAUAAGCGCACUGACCAGAAUCUGCUGAAGUCAGCACAAUAUGCAGGAAGUCAAGAGGAGCGAUGGCACCUGCAGAUUCUGGAUAAAGGCAGAGUGACGUGUCCUAAAUGUAAAGCUGUUGUUAGGAAAACCGUUGAGGGGUUGAAGAAACACAUGGGAAACUGCAAAUUGAAUACCUUCACAUGUCAACACUGUGGAAAACAGCUGAAGUCUUUGACUGGAAUGAAGUAUCAUGUCAUGGCUGACCACAAUAACUUGCCAACUCCAGAGGAUUCAAAUGGUUUGGAUAGUCAUGCCCUCAAGGACAGAUUAAGAAAGGUGCUGAAAAGAAUGGGCAAAUUGAAGUGCACAAAGGAGGGCUGUACAGGCAGCUUCACCAGCAUCAUGGGUUACCUGUAUCACACGAGGAAGUGUGGCAAAGAAGAAUCUGAGCUGGAGAAACUUGUGCUGAAUUGCAAACACUGUGGAAAACCCUACAAGUCCAAGGCAGGCCUGGAGUACCACCUGAAGUCUGAGCAUGGACCAACAACUCUGAAAAGCGAGGAGGAGGACACAACAAUGCAAAAGGAGGCCGACGUGGAGAGGACAGCCAGCGGGAGGGUGAAAAGGCAGUCAGCCCAGGUGGCAGUGUUCCACUUGCAGGAAAUUGCCAUGGAGGAGCUGCUGAAGGAGUGGCCCAAGAGGAAGGUGCAGCAAGACCUUGUGCCUGAUGACAGGAAACUUAAAUAUGCUAGACCGGGGUUACCAGCUUUUAGUCAGGAUGUCCUGAAGAAAUGGAAAAAUGAAGUCAAGAUGCACAGAAAGGUGCAUUGUCCGAACCAGGGUUGUGAUUCAGUCUACACCAGCGUGUCGGGACUGAAAGCUCAUCUUGGACUAUGCUCUAGGGGUGACUUUGAAGCAGGAAAAUACAAAUGCCUGAUAUGCGAUAAAGAAUUCAGCUCAGAGAGUGGGGUGAAGUAUCACAUCAACUCUAUUCAUGCUCAGGAUUGGUUCGUUGUGAGCUCAAAAACAACCAAGAGCCUUGAAAAGCUCCCGAAGACCAAUCCGAAAGACAAAAAGGCCGAGGCCCCCUUGAAGAAGAAGCUCUCCCAUGGAUUUACUCUGAAACGGCAGCGGGGAAAGAAGUCAGCGCUAGGCCCCCCAUCUGGCUCCAAGACGAGGGUGGAGCUGUCAGAGAAGAAGGGGAAAGAGACAAAGAAGGAGAGGGAUUGCUAUGAUUUCAGUGGUAGCGACAGUCCCAGUAGCAGCAGUAGCAGCUGUGGAAGUAGCAGCAGCAGUGAGUCGGAGCCGGAGGAGCAGGAGGCCCACAAACAUGACAAGUGGAUUCUGAAGCGGCCUUUCCCAAAGGUCUGAGACAGGCCAGUGAACAAAACGAAGCCCUUAACUUUUUUUCCUGCCUCUGAUUCCUUCAACUGUUAACUAACUUAUUUAAAAGAUCUUAGAUCAGCUUGUCUUGGUUCUGACAACAUUAAACAUGUUCUUUUAAAAAACAAUCCUUUUUCACAUGGACUUUAAUAAAAAGAGAGAUAUAAAAUAGAAUACUUAGUGUGUUAGUGUCAUCCAGUGUCCAUUGUGUCACCAGAGCAGCAUAGUGUCUUAGUCUUUCAUUAGCUCUUGAUUUUCAUUGUAUUCAUGAAAUGUGCACUGAAAGUAUUAGGUUAAAAAGUGAUUCAUAGCCAAUUUUCGCUUGGAUAUUUCUUUUUAUUACAUCUGUUGUAUCCAUUUAUUCCCUUCCCAGUUUGAAAUAGCUCCCACAGUUUCUUUCUAAUACUGUACAUGUGAAUUAAUGCCUAGAACAAAACCUUACUUCAAAGGCCACCUGUAGUAUUUAAGUUUAAUAACUGGAGUGAAAUAAUGUAUAAGUAAUGGAUAGUUGUAAAAUGUAUAGUAGUGCAACCUAUGAUAAAAGCAGUAAUGAAACAAACCUAUCCUUAACCUUAUCCUUAUGAGUUCCUUAAGGCAAAGGGACACCAUAUGGGCAGAUGAUGUUUCCCUGCAUUCCCAGGGUUUAACGUACCAUAAUCUGAGUGUCUUUUCUCUGUGCAAAACAGAACAAUUAGCUUUGUGCCUCUGUCUUUUGUCAUUACAACCGGCUGCCUACUUUGUGUUAACGUAAUCUGUUUUAAGGCAUGAAUCCAGAGCUGUCUCUACCAAAGAGACAAAGGGUGAUUAGAUUUGAAUAGGGUUGUACUGUAUUCUGUAUGAAGAUGCUAUUUAACCCUUCAUUGAGGUCUUGCUGUGCAACUUGCCAAGGACCAAUUGGAUAUAUUUAUAACAAAGUGGAACAUUCAAAGCAUGAAAAAAGUUUUGGAUUUCUUGGGCACAAAGUUUUAGAUUUUUCAUUACAUAAGUCAAAAACAAAACUUUUUUGACAGUCUUCAAAAAUACCCCAAAAUCUCUCCACUCACCAGUGGUACCUCCUUUGAUGUUCCCACUAAAUGGUUUCUACAGUCUUCCAAAUUAACCUCUACAUACAAUAUAAACACUACACUACCAUGCUUCCACGUUACAUAUUUGGGUUUAUCUUGGGUGGAAGGAUUUUUUCUUAAAGUUGGCAUUUUGGUUUGGUG